AUGGAGUUAGACUUCGAGGGGAGACUCUCCAGCAGAAUGGAAGAGGGAGGUCCAAAAGAUGAAGACGAUGAACUCUUUUACAUUAAUGCUGGUGCAUGGAUCUUCCCCAUACCCAAGAUUAAACUGGCUUCUUUUCCCCAUUCGUUACUAUAUCGAGAGGCCUGCUUGUUAUCCGAAUCCGAUAGAACAAGGAUAUUCCUAGACCGGGAUGGCUUUGUAUUCAGCCAUAUUCAUCAAUUCCUACUAUUGUCACAGCUUCCAAUAUCCAGCUUAUCAGAACUGGACUUGUUGUAUGAGCAAGCUAGCGGACUCAAUCUGAUGGCGGUUAUAGAGGCGAUAGACAAGCUAAAGGCGGGAAAAGAAGAAAAAACAAUCCUCCAUGAGCAAGUGGUGCCAGAAAUUCCAGCCAGUGAGAAAGCUCCAAUAAACCGCUGGAAAACCUACAAAUGUAACAGCAGGCUAUAUGAAUGGCCUCCAAAAAUGUCCUUGUCCCCAGGGAUCCGGGACACAGCCCCUCUUGGACUUUUAGUUGAUCCCUUUCUUGAUGCAGAAGAGGAAGUUCAUUAUUGCUUCUUUCCAAUAGACAUUCUGAAGCAAUAUCCGGCACUGGUAACAGAUGAUAACUUGCUUUGGUUCUCCGAGAAAUUCAUACUGCUGGAAUGUGGAAGCCCCCAGUUCCGGUUCAUAGGAAAUUUCCUUUAUUCUGGGAAUUUUUUCUUGCCGGAUAACUUCUUAGCGUUUGAGGAUUUAGAAGCAGAAAUUAAUUCUGUGGGAAUUCCAGAUCUUCUCAAAGCAUUGUUGGAUGAAAAGAACGACUCAGGAAAGAAAAGCAGCCAUUACGUGGAUAUGCCAGGGACGUGGCACUCUAGUAACAGCUUGACAGCUAGUAAAACUGAGCACUCCAGUGGAGCAAAGCCUUUCUACGUCAUGUCUUUGGAUCUGUUAGGAAAAUACCCAGACUCUGCUUUAGGCCAGCUGUAUAUAGAGAGCAGUGUAGGCGGCAGUAAGCUGUAUAUCAGUGGCAGUGGGACUCUUUUCCAACACGUCAAAAAUUGGCUGGGAGCAUGCGGACUUCCACUGACCAGCAGUGCUUUAGAAAUCCAAGGCCUGUGUUUAUACCUGGAUAAAGGGGACGUCAUAUACCAGCCCAUGAGAGAAGCUAUGAGAACAUACCUAAAUUACAGACUGAAUAGGAGUCCUGGAGCUUCAUGUGAAAGUUGGAUAGCCGACGUGCAACAGUACUCAGCCACCCAGAUAGUUAGAGUCUAUGUGAGAAGCCAUUGGUAUGCCACACUUCUGAAAACGUUACUGAAGUAUCCAGAACUGCUCGCCAACGCUAAGAAGACACGCUGGAUCACCUGUGGCUUUUCCUUGUUAGUAAUUGGAGAUGGAUCCAUAUUCCGGCAUGUCCUCAACUUUCUAAGACUUGGCAGACUCCUCCUGCCCUCCGACUUCAAGGAAUGGAGGCUUCUGUGUCAGGAAGUGAAUGAAUUUCAAAUCUCAGCUCUCAAGGAAGCUCUACGUCACUGCCCGGAGUACAGAUUAUGGUUAAAAGAGAACGGAUCCACAGAAUGUUCCCUGGACCCUAAACACGAGGAUCUGAGAUCUGAGGGAAUAAUGUCUGUAGAUGGAUUGAAAAGUCAUAGAAUAAACGAGAACGCUAGCUGCGUUACAUCAGCCGAGGGACUGAAUAAGGAUGGUUGCAAGAAGAGAAAGGCGCCAUCAACAAGUCCGGUUACGCCUUCACAGUGCUAUAAUCCCGAUGGUUUCCCCAGUACUAAAUGUUGGAAACUGGACCAGACGGUGGAAGGGGAAAAGGCAAAUUUCAGCACAUCACCAAUGUUGAAGUUAAUAUCUUUGGUCAAAAAGCUGCACGAUAGCGCUGCUAUGGACUCUGUGCGUGAUGAGCUCCAAGAGCAUGCAUACUGUGCCAGGUCACAUAUGGAGGGCAUGGAGCUUGCUGACCUCGGCGCCAUUCUCUGGGUUCAUCAUCACCAUCUAGUGGCCAAUGAUGGAAGUACGGCAUCUUUUCAGGACUGCAUUGUGUAUACUACUGAACAUGAUAUUAAAGAGCUCACUCAUCAUGGAGCUACUACUGAUGAUCUUGUUUUCCUGAGUGUUAACAUGUCGCAUGAAGAAGUCUUUUAUGCCAGGAAAUGUCACUCCUUCCUGACUGGUAUUAUCUUGGACUCCCUAGAGCAGAAGGACUCCAAAUCUACUAGGUUCUGCGUGGCUGGUCUUGUGAGCAUGUUGUGGGUUGAUCAGAUUCCAGCUAGACAAUUUAUAGAAGAUUUAUUGACCCUAGAAAUGUACAGAGACGAGAGCACAAAGGAGACAUUACUCUGCUGGUUACAGGUACGCCACUUCUUUAGAACCUCGUCCAUAUUUGCUGUGCAGUAA